GCGCACCCCUUCGACCCCCUGCUGGCGUCCUGCGGCAUCGAUCCCGUUGUGCGCCUGUGGGCGCCCGGCCCGCGCUCGCCGACCGACCUCUCUCACGCGCAGGCCGCGAUCGACCGCAACGCGGCGGCGUACGCCGCCGCCGAGGCGCUCGCGCGCGCGCGCGGCGGGCUGGGCGGCCUGGGCGGCUUGGGCGGCCUGGGCGGCGGCGCGCCGCUCGACGCGCUGCUGGGGCAGGGGCUGGCGAUGGCGUUCGAGAUGCUCGGGGGCAUGCUCGGCGGCGGCGGCGUGGGCGCGUUUGGGGGGCUGGGGGCCGGCGGGGCGCCUGCCUGA